AUGGCUUUCCGACAGAGAUCGCAGGAGGACCUCCUGAGGGACAGCCUAUCUGAAACCAAAUGGCUGGUCUUUAUCAGCGACUUAUACCAUGUCAAAGCUCAGUGUCCUGAGGAAGCCUUUGAUUCUGUUUCUGCGGGGGCCCAGAACGAUGUGUCUUGCUCUGUUCCCUGCGGCCCCAGAUCCUCCCUGCCGGACAGUCUGGAGAUCAGGCAGGCCAGUGAAGGGCAGGAGGGGGUGUUCGCGCUGCAGCUGCUGGUGAAGAGGACGCGGUUCGGGCCCUUCGAGGCCAAGAGAGUGGCCCAGCUGGCGAAGGACGUGCCAUUCCCUCUCAAGGUCUUCCAAAAGGACGGGGCGGUGAUCUGCUUCGACACCGCCAACGAGGACGACUGUAACUGGAUGAUGCUGGUCCGGCCCGCCUCCGAUUACAAGCAGCAGAACCUGAACGCUUACCAGCAGGACGAUGAGGUCUACUUCAACACCUCCCAGGAUGUUCAGCCUGGAUCGGAGCUGAGGGUGUGGUAUGGGGCCUUCUAUGCCAAGAAGAUGGAGAAGCCGGUCCUGAAGCCGCUGAUCAUAUCAUCUACCACAGAUGUUGCAAGUUCACCCACGAGGCUGGCUGGGGGUAAUGUGGUGAAGAGUGGGGCCACAGCGUCCCCACCCUGCGGAGAGACCGACCCCCAAGUCUCCCCAGACACAGCUGUCCAGGGAGGCUCCACACAGGGCCUGGAGUGUAACCAGUGGACCUGCAAGCUGUGCUCAGCUGUGUUCCUGGAGCCACAUCUUCUCACAGAGCAUCUGCUGAGUCACCUGCAGGAGGUCAAAGUGGUGCCCCAGCCCUCGGGGGACCCCACUGUCCAGCAGGAAGAGAAAGGGGCGCCACCCGACCCCCUGCUGCUCCCCGAGGUCACCCCCGCCCCUCCGGACCCCAGGAAAAAGCAGGCUCGGGUACGGAAGCCCAAAAUGCCCAAAAUAGGCCCCACGCCACUCCAGUCGCAGGCGAACAUGAGCAGAGCCUGCGGCCUUGCCGCCGUCCCGCCGGCCGUCCCCAUCGAGCAGGUCCUCAGUGCCAUGCCUCCGGACGUUGGGCUGGCGCUGCUCCAGGCCCCGGACAUCGUGAUCGGCGAGGACGGCGUGCCCGGCAAGCUGCAGAGGAUGACCCGCACUCUGCUGCCCACUGGGAAGCCUGGCAUCCGGAAGAGAUUCAUGAGGCAAGGAGGGGACCACAAGCGAGUCUAUCAGUGCAGCCUAUGCAACAAGGUCUUCCAGAACAGCAGCAACCUCAACCGGCACAUUCGUUCCCACGGCGACAAACUUUUCAAAUGUGACGAAUGCGACAAGAUGUUCAGCCGGAAAGAGAGCCUGAAGCAGCACAUCUCCUACAAACACAGCAAGAACGAGGCGGACCUGGAGUACAGGUACAAGUGUGCCACCUGUGAGAAGGCCUUCAGAGUGGAGAAUGCCUUGAAGUUCCACAACUGCAGAACAGACGACAAGACCUUCCAGUGUGAGAUCUGCUCCCGCUUCUUCUCCACCAACAGCAACCUGUCCAAGCACAAGAAGAAGCACGGCGAGAAGCUCUACGCCUGCGAGAUCUGCAACAAGAUGUUCUACAGGAAAGACGUCAUGCAGGACCAUCAGAGGAGGCACAUCGUGGGUCCCAAACACAUGAAGCGGGAGGAGCUGGAAGCGAACGGUGAGGAGGGCACGAAGUACAGGAAGGAGCCCUCGGCGUGUCCCAUCUGCGGAAAGGUCUUCUCCUGCAGGAGCAACAUGAACAAGCACCUGCUGACCCACGGCGAUAAGAAGUACACCUGUGAGAUCUGCGGCCGCAAGUUCUUCCGCGUCGAUGUCCUCCGAGACCACAUUCACGUGCACUUCAAGGACAUCGCUCUGAUGGACGAGCAGCAGAGGGAGCAGUUCAUCAGGAAGAUCGGCAUCUCGGUGGACGACAGCGACGGCAACUCGGACGAGGAGGAAGUGGAGGACGACCCCGAGCUCCACAAGUACAGCUGCAAGAAGUGUCAGGUGACCUUUGCAAAGGGCAGGGACUACCUGCGGCACAUCAUGGACCUGCACAAGGAGAGGGGCUACGGCUGCAUCAUCUGCAACCGGCGCUUCGCCCUCAAGGCCACCUACAACGCGCAUCUCGUCAUCCACCGCGAGCAGCUGCCCGACCCAGCGGUGCAGCGGUACAUCCAUCCAUGCGAGAUCUGCGGACGGAUUUUUAACAGCGUUGGCAACCUGGAAAGACACAAGAUCAUCCACACAGGAGUGAAGAGUCACAGCUGUGAUCAGUGCGGGAAAUCGUUUGCCAGGAAGGACAUGCUGAAGGAGCACCUGAGGGUCCACGACAACAUCCGGGACUACCUGUGUGCCGAGUGCGGCAAAGGAAUGAAGACCAAGCAUGCCCUGCGUCAUCACAUGAAGCUGCACAAGGGCAUAAAGGAGUACGAGUGCAAGGAGUGCAACCGCAAGUUUGCACAGAAGGUCAACAUGCUGAAACACUACAAACGACACACCGGAGUAAAGGACUUUAUGUGCGAGCUGUGUGGCAAGACAUUUAGUGAGAGAAACACCAUGGAAACACACAAGCUGAUCCACACUGUGGGGAAGACCUGGUCAUGCCUGGUGUGCGACAAGAAGUACGUGACGGAGUACAUGCUGCAGAAGCACGUCCAGCUGACCCACGACAAGGUGGAGGCGCAGAGCUGCCACCUGUGUGGGACCAAGGUGUCCACCAGAGCCUCCAUGAACCGCCACAUGCGCCGCAAGCACCCGGAGGUCGUAACCGUGAGAAUUGACGAUUUGGAACAGUUUCAGGACGCUACGACCAUCGAUGCCUCCACCAUCAGUAUUGUACAGCCCCCGCUGGCUCUGGACAAGGAGCAGCUGCCGGGGGAGAAGCCGCCCAGGCCCCCCAGGCCGCCCAAGAAGAAAGCGAAGCACGUGGAGGAGGCGGAGCUGCCCGACUCGGAUGACCCCGCCUACGGCGAGUUCACCAGCAAAGGGGCGUUCACCGCCGCCGGGGGCGACGAGACCAGCUCCGCAGUGCAGAGCAUCCAGCAGGUGGUGGUGCUGGCGGACCCCAGCGUGGCCACCUCGUCCCCCCCCUCCAGCUCGGUGGGGCUGACCAACAUCACCGUCACGCCCAUCACGACCCAGGCUGCGGCCCAGUUCACCAGCCUGCAGCCCGUGGCGGUCGGCCACCUGGCCCCCGCCGACCGCCCGCUCACCCUGGACAGCUCCAUCCUCACCGUGACCUUCGACGCGGUCAGCGGCUCCGCCAUGCUGCACAACCGGCCCCCCGAGCUGCCCGCCGACGCGGGGGCCUCCGGCCAGUCGGUGGCGCACUUCAUCAACCUCACCACCUUCGUCAACCCCAUCGCGCACCCGCUGGAGCACCCCUCGCUCGCCUGGAGGUCGGUCGCGCCCGCCGAGGGGAGCCCUGGCGCCCCGGCCGCUGGAGAGCCCCAGGACGCCCCCUCGCAGUCCGACCCCCCCCAGCAACAGGCCGAGCAGCAGCCUCAAACCCAGGAUCCAGCUCAGCAGCCCCAGCCCCCAGCUCAGCAGCAGAUGUACAGCUACUAGCCUCUUGCACCAGGUUGAGAGGUGGGGGGGGGGAUCCGUGGCCCGGCCUUUGCCGCCAGCCGGGCCCGAGGACCCAAACUGGAGAUGAAGAUGCUUGUCAAAUCCAGCCAGAGGAAAAUAAGGCCGUUCGGUGGCGUUUGUGCCAUCGCCUGCUACAAUCGGCGCACGGGGGAGGUGCCAUCACUUGAUAGAAAAUUUGCAACACUGUGAUUACCCAAGACUUCAAUCAGUUUCCGUUUCCACCCGCGAGGCUCGGAAAGAAAUAAGCGAGGUGUCACCUGCAGCUGAAGACUCCUGGUGUGGGUCGCUUCAAGGGCGGCUUGGGUGCACAGUGUGCUGUGUAAACUGGAAACUGUAAAACUGUAAAGUCUUGUUCUUUUACAUGCAUGCCUUCCUUUAAGGGAAACCGGGGGCGCUAUGUGCUCCAGGGACAGUCCAGGGCAGAUCCAGAGGGGAGGGAUCAGUGAAGGGAAUGUUUCUCUAUGGGAUAGGGAAGCAAGCCGUAAUCGUGCUCUUCAGAACCCCCAGUUCCGAUGGGAACCGUUGUCUUC